GUGUUCCCCAGGCUGCUGCGAGUCUGGUUGCCCGCGGGACGACUCCCGUCUCUUCGGCUCGGGCUGCUGCCGGACCCGCGCGGGCGGGUCAGAAUGGCUUCGACAAGUAAAGCAAUUGAAUUACAGCUCCAAGUGAAACAAAACGCGGAGGAAUUGCAGGAUUUCAUGAGGGAUUUAGAGCACUGGGAAAAUGACAUUAGACAGAAGGACAUGGAACUAAGAAGACAAGGCGGAGUUCCUGAAGAGAAUUUACCCCCUAUUCGAAAUGGAAAUUUUAGGAAAAAGAAGAAAGGCAAAACUAAAGAUUCUUCCAAAAAAACCAAAGAGGAAAACAAAAAAAACAGAAUAAAAUCUUUUGAUUAUGAUGCCUGGGCAAAACUUGAUGUGGACAGUAUUCUUGAUGAACUUGACAAAGAGGACAGUACCCACGAUUCUGUGUCCCAGGAGUCGGAGUCAGAGGAUGACGGGGUGCGCGUGGACUCCCAGAAGGCUCUAGUUCUGAAAGAAAAGGGCAAUAAAUACUUCAAACAAGGCAAAUACGACGACGCCAUCGAGUGCUACACGAAAGGCAUGAACGCGGACCCGUACGACCCUGUGCUGCCCACCAACAGGGCCUCGGCUCACUUUCGCCUGAAAAAGUUUGCUGUUGCUGAGUCCGACUGUAAUUUGGCAAUCGCCUUAAGCAGGAGUUACACCAAAGCUUACGCCAGACGAGGCGCUGCGCGGUUUGCUCUGCAGAAGUUAGAGGAGGCUAGGAAAGAUUAUGAAAAAGUAUUAGAACUGGAACCAGAUAACUUUGAAGCAACAAAUGAACUCAGGAAAAUUGAUCAGGCUUUAUCAUCCAGAGAAAACUCAUGUCCCAAGGAAGCUGCUGCGGUGACUAAACCAUCUGAGGGGGAGAGGCAACAGAUUGAGGAACAGCAGAACAAGCAGAAGGCCAUUUCGGAGAAAGAUCUGGGGAACGGAUUUUUCAAAGAGGGAAAAUAUGAGAGAGCAAUUGAGUGCUACACUAGAGGAAUAGCCGCGGAUGAUACCAAUGCCCUGCUUCCCGCUAACAGAGCCAUGGCCUACCUGAAGAUUCAGAAGUAUGAAGAAGCUGAAAGAGACUGCUCACAAGCCAUCUUACUAGACAGCUCCUAUGCAAAGGCUUUUGCCAGGAGAGGAACUGCGAGAACACACUUGGGAAAGAUGAAUGAGGCCAAGCAAGACUUUGAAACUGUGUUACUUCUGGAACCUGGAAAUACACAGGCAAUCACCGAACUUUCCAAAAUUAAAAAGGAAUUAAUUGAGAAAGGACAUUGGGAUGAUGUCUUUCUUGACUCCACACAAAGACACAAUGUGAUAAAAUCUGUAGAUAAUCCGCCUCAUCGUGGGUCACCUAAAGCACUCAAGAAGAUUUUCAUUGAAGAAACGGGCAGGUUGAUAGAGCGCGUUGAUGCGACAGACGGCGGUGCUGCUGCUCCGCGGAGCACUGGAGCCGGUGCGCCCGCGGCCAUGGGCACCGAGAGCAAGAAGAACCCAGGCCAGGGGGGCGCCUCGCCCGCAGGCGAUACUCCAAGAGCCAAAGUGUUGAAAAUAGAAGAGAUCAGUGACACUCUGGCCCUGCAACCACAGGUCGAUUUGAAGCAGGACGUGGGCCAGUCUUUCAGUGAGAAGAUCUCUGUGAAGGUAGAGCAGACACCGGAUCAGUUUGCCACGGCUGUUCUGCCUCCAGUUCCUGCUAACUCCUUCCAGCUCGAGUCUGACUUCAGGCAGCUGAGAAGUUUCCCAGAUAUGUUGUAUCAGUAUUUAAAGAAAAUCGAACCGUCUUUGUAUCCGAAGUUGUUUCAGAAAAACCUAGAUCCAGAUGUAUUCAAUCAAAUCAUUAAAAUUUUGCAUGACUUUUACAUUGAGAAAGAAAAGCCGUCUCUCAUCUUUGAAAUCUUACAGAGACUUUCUCAGCUGAAAAGGUUUGACAUGGCAGUGAUGUUUAUGUCCGGACCUGAGAGGAAGAUCACAAAUGUAUUAUUCAAUCACUUGGAAAAAUCAGAAUUGAAGGAGGAUUCUGUUGAAGAACUCAAGAAAAGAUAUGGUGGCUGAUCACGGUGGCUGAGGUGGUCUUUGUCUUUGUCUUUGAUGUGUACAUUAUUUUUCUCACUGAAAUCAAGUGUUUUGUUUGACUUUUUAAGAAAAUGAAAUUGGCCAGGCAGUGGUGGCGCACGCCUUUAAUCCCAGCACUUGGGAG